UUAGCUGCAAAAGAAGCCAGUACGCACACGGUGCAACAAGGGAUCUCUCUCUCUCUCUCUCUCUCUCUCUCUCUCUCUCUCUCAAUAAUUUGAAUUUCUGUUCAGAAUCAUAGAAAAUCCAAAAUCUUGCAGAUGGUGAUUUGAUCUUUGGGAUAUAUUUGAUUAAGGCUUUUGGAUACUUCUGAAUCCGAAAUUUCACUUUACCGAAUAGAUCGGUCCCUCUGGUUGAUCGGAGGGGUGGUGUUCAUGAUGGGAUUUUGCAUCUGUCCGUUGGAGACGCCGGCGAGGUUGCUGUGGAGUACCAGCUUCUUCCGCCACAAGCUCAUGAUCUUCUGAUCCAAUCCCCUUGUUUCUGCUUUGAUUUUGAUCGUUUACUUCAACGUAAUCUCGCGCUUUCGCUUCUUUUCCCAUCCUUUCCGGCUGGAGAAAGCUUCCGAUAACGGUGGUGUGCGGAUUUUCUGGAGGCUCUUGAUAUAGUGUGAGAAAGAGAUAUAGACAAGGAGGUUUUUCUGAUCGAUGGAACCCAAUCAGUUUUUCUUCGAUCCAUCUGCCUGCCACGACAACAUGCUUUUCCUCGGGAAUCGCAAUCGCAUCAUCCAAGGAGGAAGAUCGAUGAUGAACAUGGAAGAGACGUCGAAGCGGAGGCCGUUCUUUAGCUCGCCAGAGGAUCUAUACGACGAGGAAUACUACGACGAGCAGUUGCCGGAGAAGAAACGUCGCCUCACUCCUGAACAGGUGCAUCUGUUGGAAAAGAGCUUCGAGGCGGAGAACAAGCUGGAGCCGGAAAGGAAGACGGAGCUGGCCAAGAAACUAGGGCUUCAGCCAAGGCAAGUGGCCGUGUGGUUUCAGAACCGGCGAGCUCGCUGGAAAACGAAGCAGCUCGAGAGGGACUACGAUCUUCUCAAGUCCACUUACGACAAACUCCUCGCCGACUACGAAUCCACCGUCAAGGAGAACGACAAUCUUAAAUCCGAGGUUGCUUCCUUGACCGAGAAGCUAAAAGGAAAGGAAGAGACGGCAAAGGAGCCAAUGACGCCACCGUGUGAACCGAAACAAGAAGAGCCGGUUAACGCAACCCGGUUAGAAGAACCGGUCACGAAGCUGGAGGACCGGUUUAGUUCGGUGGCGGACGAGGAUGCUCCUCAGCUACUGGACAGCUCCGAUUCUUACCUCCCCAGCGGAAAGUAUCAGACAGGCAUCGGACACAUCCACUCGGAGGAAGACGACGGCAGUGACGAUGAUCGGAGCUGUUUCGCUGACGUGUUUGUGGCCCCACCGCAGGCCCUGGGCUGGUGGUCCUCCUGGCCCUAAUACCCCCAACCUCUUCCCCUAUACACACACACACACAUCAUGGUUAAUUGCCGUCUUUAGUUUGGUGCUGUGGGUGCCAGAGAGAGAGCGGGGAGAAACGAAGAAGACAGGAGGUCAGAAUCAAAGCAUACGUACGGAGUGGAAACAUGGGCUACAUAAAGAUGUGGAAUAAGCAAGCCCCUUGGCAGCUUUUGUUAGUUAGUGUUCUGCUAAUAAAACCCGCAAGGAUAAUGACGAUAAUAAGCCUAUUAUUAUUCUUAUAAAUGUAAAAUGACGUUUGGGCGAAAAUAUGACCUGGUGUUUUCUAGGGAA